AUGAGUGAUCCAUCAGCACCAGCUAAAAAGGCAGCACGUUCAUUUGAUUUUCAAUCAAUGAUGGAACAAGCACGUAAAGGUGCACAAGAACGAACAACAGUCGAUUGGAAUGAUGAAAUCGAAAAAGCCAAAGAAGAAAAUGAAUCACGUAUUGCUGAAAUGAAAAUAAAAGCUGAUGAAGCUGCAAAAAACAUGCAGAUCUCAGGGAAUAACAAAACGAAGAAUAGCAGUAUCGAAGACGGAGAAGAAGAUGAUGAUGAUGAUGGCGACGAUGAUUUUGGUCCGUCCAUUGAUCUUGCUACUGCAUCAAGUGCUGAUAAUGAAGAUGCAAGUAGUGAUGAUGAAGAUGAAGAUCGAUCAAAGCCUGUUGCAGGAGAAGAUGAUCGACUCGACGACGAUGAACAACCAUUUUUUCCAUUAACACAUGAAAUCGAUCUCAAACACGGUACAAAAUCAGUUUCAUGCUUAACAGUUGACACCAAUGGUGAACGUCUUAUCUCCGGUGGUUUUGAUUAUGAACUUAAAAUGUGGGAUUUUCCAACCAUGAACAAAACUUUAAAAUAUUCUCGUGCUAUAUCGCCAUGUGAAUCACAUCAAUUACGUUCCAUUGAAUUUAGUCCUGGAAGUGAUAUGUUAUUAAUUGCAAGUGGCAGUUGUCAAGCAAAAGUCAUUAGUCGAGAUGGUAAAAAUAUGUAUGAAUGUGUUCGAGGUGAUAUGUAUAUAAUAGACAUGCAAAAAACUAAAGGUCAUAUUAGUACAUUAAAUCGUGCAUGUUGGAAUCCAAAAGAUUUAAACGAAUUUAUGACAUGUGCAGAUGAUGGUACUGUUCGUUUAUGGUCUUUAAUUCGUCGAACGGAACACGUAUCAUGUAUAAAAACUAAAUCCGAACAAGGCAAAAAAACAGCAACAACAACAUGCACAUAUAAUACAUAUCAUACACAUGUUACACAAAAUGAAUAUUUAAUAACAGCUGGCUGUGACGAUGGAAGUAUACAAAUUUGGGAUCGCCGUCGACCGUUUGUAAAUGUGACAUUUAUGUCAAGACGUGCACAUGAGCCAGAGAAUUCUAUAACAUCAUUAUGUUGGUCCUAUGAUGGAAGAAAUUUAGCGUCGCGAUCAACUGAUCAUACACUUAAAUUAUGGGAUAUUAGGAAUUUCAAACAACCCCUAUCUGAGUAUCGUGAGUUACAUAAUCGUUUUUCAAUGACAAAUGUAACAUUUUCACCCGAUGAUCGCUUUCUAAUAACGGGCACGUCAACACGAAAGAAACUCGAUGAUAAUAUCAAUGAUUCAACAAAUGUUGGUUCUAUUUACUUUUUUAAUCGGAAUAGUCUUGCAAAACCUGAAGGACAAAUUCAAGUUAGCGAAGGAGCAAGUGUUAUUAAAACAUUAUGGCAUUCAAAAUUAAAUCAAAUUAUAUGUACGACAAGUAAUGGAAUUAUUAAAAUAUUCUAUGAUACCAUACGUUCAAAACAAGGAGCUCUAUUAUUUGCAAAUCGUGAAGAACGACAGAAGAAAGCCAAUGAUUACUUUAUUAAUAUGAAUAUCAUCAAUCCACAUGCUUUGCCUUUAUAUAGACAAGAAAGAGUUCGAAAUUUAUCUGUUAUACGAAUGAAAAAUCGAGAAGAUCCGGUCAAAUCAAAACGACCGGAUUUGCCUGUCAGUGGUGCUGGCUCGGGAGGUCGUAUUGGUGUACAUGGUGGCACACUAUCAUCGUAUAUCGUUAAGAAUAUUGCUUUGCAAAAGCCGCCAGCACAAAAAGAAGAUUCUCGUGCUAUUUUACUUGGUUAUCAAGAAAAAUGUGAACAAAACCCGUAUUGGGUAGCACCAGCUUAUACAUCAACACAACCUAAACCUAUUUUUCAAGCAUCAACUGAAGAUAAAAGUCGUGAAAAAGAUGAAGACGAUGAAGAUAAUAUGGUGCCAAUGUGGAAAAAACAAAAGACAUAA